UCGGCGGAGAAAACAAUAGAUCUAUAGAAAAUUAUGGCCACCUUACUGCGGAAGAUCGGUCUCAUCCGCCUGCACGACCGAGACACCGAGGACCCAAAGCACCAUCAGGGCUCGCUAAAGGGGACUAAAGGGAACCAGAAGAACAACGCCAACAAACACUGUCAGACCGCCAACGAGACCAACAUCCUGAGCACCCCGGAGAUUAAGGCGAGGAAACUGGACCAGCAGGGCAAGGACAAGCCGUCCGGCAAGGAUAAGCAGGGCAAGGAGGCGAAGGAGAAGCUGCAGACCGGAGGAGGUGGGAGUAAAGCGACCAGCGCCUCCUCGAUACCACCGCUGGCGCCUCACCGGCAACACUGCACCCAGGUCCGGACGCGCAGGCUGAUGAAGGAGCUACAGGAGAUCCGGAGGUUAGGGGACAACUUCAUCACCGUGGAGCUGGUGGAGGACAACCUGUACGACUGGAACGUCAAACUGCACCAGGUGGACAAGGACUCGGCGCUGUGGCAGGACAUGAAGGAGACCAGCACCGAGUUCAUACUACUCAAUGUCACCUUUCCCGACAAUUUCCCCUUCUCGCCGCCGUUUAUGCGGGUCCUGACGCCCCGGUUGGAGAACGGCUACGUGCUGGACGGCGGGGCCAUAUGCAUGGAGCUGUUGACCCCCCGCGGAUGGUCCAGCGCCUACACGGUGGAGGCGGUCAUGAGGCAGUUUGCGGCCAGCCUCGUAAAAGGACAGGGGCGUAUAUGUAGGAAAUCGGGGAAGUCCAAGAAAGCUUUCAGCCGCAAGGAAGCCGAGGCCACCUUCAAGUCCCUGGUGAAGACCCACGAGAAGUACGGCUGGGUGUCUCCGCCCGUGUCCGACGGCUGA